AUAAAAUGUCUGUGAGAAAAAUGUUGUUUUCCACAAGUAAUUGAAAAAAUGUUAGUACUCUGCGAUACUUUUAACAAGUUAGUUAGUUUCAAUUAAGUGAACAACUUCCGCAAUGGCUUUCCCAUCGGAAAAUCCAAAAUUCAAAUUAAGCUACUUCAAUGUGAAAGCGUUAGCUGAACCAAUCCGUCUAUUGUUUGCAUAUGGUGGUGUCGAUUAUGAGGAUAUUCGAGUAAGCCAAGAAGAAUGGGCAGUGCUUAAGCCAACCAUGCCAAUGGGUCAAAUGCCUGUUCUUGAAGUCGAUGGACAACGCGUACAUCAAAGCGUAUCGAUGGCGCGGUACGUUGCUAAACGAGUUAAUUUGUCCGGAGCUAAUGAUUGGGAAAAUUUACUGAUUGACACAGCUGUGGACACUGUAAAUGAUUUCAGAGCGAAAAUAGCAACCGUUCAAUAUGAACCGGAUGAAGCAGUUAAGGAAAAGAAAAGAGUUACAUUGAAUGCAGAAACCAUUCCAUUUUACUUGACGAAAUUAGAUGCCAUUGCUAAGGAAAAUAAUGGUCAUUUGGCUCUUGGAAAGUUGACAUGGGCUGACUUCUAUCUUACCGGCAUUAUUGAUUAUCUCAACUACAUGGUUAAGUUCGAUCUACUCGCCGCGUAUCCGAAUUUAAAAGCAGUUGUCGAGAACGUCAAUGCUUUGGAUGCUGUUAAAGCGUGGGUUGCCAAACGACCGGUUACAGACUUGUAAAUUGUAUCCCAUAAAGCUAAUUCAAAUAAAAAUCUAUGAUUGA